AUGGAACCUUCUUCGCAACUUUUGUCCAACCCGAAUUCCAUUGAUAAUCAGUCCUCCCUUAUCAACAGCACAGCUGUAGCCAUUACUUCUUUAGUUUACGUAUUCGCGCCGGCAGAUUUCAGCAUAAAACUCGUUCUUGUUGUACUUUUAGUAAUUUUUGGAGUCAUCGGAUUGGUGGGCAACAUCCUAAUUCUUUAUUUUCUUUCCAAGAAAAAGUCAGUUCCUUUUCUGCAGUCUUCUCCUUUCCUAAGAAACUUCAAUCUUUACAUGAAGAGUUUAGCUCUUUCAGAGUUACUCGUAAUUUCCAUUGGAGGUGUUUUAGUUGGUAUAGAACUAAUGUAUGAUGCAUUCCAAAAUGGCUGGCCUUGUAAAAUACGUCGAUAUAUCAGCGGUACGUUUUACGUUAUAAGAGCGAAUAAUUUAAUUGUUAUAAGCACCGAGAGGUUUCUUUCAACCCGUGAUGUUCCUAAAACGUUCAGUGGUUCCACUGUCCGUAAAUUAGUGUAUACAGCGUGGCUUUCAGGGUUUUUAAUGGGAUUGUUUCCAGCAGCAACAGUAAAUGGUGCAAGAUACGAUAUUAAUGCUACACAUUACACAAUUGUCUGUAAAUCCGAUACCAGUUAUCUACCUACCAGAGUAAUUAUGGUAGGCUUCGUACUGAUACAGAUCGUCAUACCAAGCAUUGCUUUGAUUUGUAUGAACAUCAUCAUAGCCAGAAGGAUAUGGAAAGGAAGCAAAAGAAGGAUCGAUAUACAACGAGAUAACGCCAUUAGGGCGAAGAUGAGAUCACACCAAAUCAAAAAAACUAGUUUAAUUAUAAUUGUCACCAUAGCUUCCGUUCUUUCUUAUUCGACAAUACUGUAUUACACAGCCUUUGUUGCGGUAGCUAAGCCAUCGCUAGAUUUCCAGGACGAUUUUGUGAUAAGACAUAUUAGUCGGGUGCUAGUUUUUUCCGGCAGUGCUAUAAACUUCAUCACAUAUCUGGUUCAGAUGAAGGAUUUCCGUGUAUUUUUACUGAAACAUUUUUGCGGCAAGGGUGUUGGAAAUGCUCAAAUUAAUCCUAAUGUAGAAUAG